UGUGCGCGAGCACGGCGCGCGCCUCUGGUUCCCGCCCACUUGCUUUUUGCAGCUCUUUCGGCUGCGCCGCUAUGUGUGAGGAAUAAACGUUAUUGCUGAGCAACCGGGACACACAAGAGGCAACUCGGCGUCUUGCAAGGACAGGGCUGGGUCGGGUCGGCCACGACAUUUUACGCAUACUCGAAUACGCCAGCUGUAGAUACUCUGACUGAAAAGGGGUCACAAGGAGCCAGUGCCUAUCCAAGCAGUAUUAGGCAGCAAUCAACACUGAACCGAGUGCCAGGAUGACGUAGUAUUUGAAAUAGAACUGAAGCCAAAAAAAAAAAAAAUGAGCGUGACAUCGUGGUUUUUAGUUAGCAGCGGAGGCACCCGCCACCGGCUACCAAGAGAGAUGAUUUUUGUUGGCCGAGAUGACUGCGAAUUAAUGUUGCAGUCACGAAGUGUAGAUAAGCAGCAUGCUGUUAUCAACUAUGACUCUGGAGCUGAUGAGCACAAAGUUAAGGACCUUGGGAGCCUAAAUGGGACAUUUGUGAAUGAUGUUAGGAUACAAGAACAAAUCUAUAUUACUUUGAAGGUGGAUGACAAAUUACGAUUUGGAUAUGAUACAAAUUUGUUCACUGUAGUUCGGGGAGAACUACGUGUCCCUGAAGAAGCACUAAAGCAUGAGAAGUUUACAAGCCAGCUCCAGAUUCCUCAAAAAUCUUCAGAAGAUGAAGGACUGAAAGCAACCUGCUGUAAUUUGUCUGAAGGCAGAGUCACUGAGGCGAUAAAUGAAGGACUAAUCAAACAGCCAGACACAAUGAAGCAGGAUGAAAAGAUUGCAGUUUUAGGGGACAUAUCUGCAGUUCACAGAGGAACACCUUUGUAUGGACAGCCUUCUUGGUGGGGUGAUGAUGAUGCUGAUGAUGAAAAUUCCUUCAAACAGGAAACUAAAGCUGGGAGCAAGAACUCUGAGAACUGUGUUGGAGGAGAUAAAGAUCACAGGAAAAUUGAAGAUCAAGGGGGAAAAGAAGACGGUCUUUAUUCAUUGUGUCGAGAGCCAAGUUACUUUGAGAUCCCCACCAAGGAAGCUCAGCAGACAGUCCAAAUGACUGAAAGCAAAAUUCAUGAAAUUCCGACAAAAGAUACAGAAGGACCUCAUGGGGCUGCAGCAGGGCAUGCUUCUUUCACCAUUGAAUUUGAUGAUAGCUCCCCAGGAAAAGUGACCAUCAAAGACCAUGUAACAAAAUUUAACCCAGACCAUCGUGCUCGACCAAAAAAAUCUCCGCCAUCAGGGAAAGAACUUACAACCCUGCAGGCUGCCAUGAUAGCUGCUGAAAAUAAAGUGGCAGAUUGGCUGGCACAAAAUGACCCCCCGAUAGCUAGGAGAGAAUCCACAGAAGAGGAUUCAAAAAGCAUAAAAAGUGAUGUUCCUGUCCAUCUGAAGAGAUUAAAGGGUAGCAAGCAUGAGGAUGGGACUCAGAGUGACUCCGAGAAUGGCGCAGGCCACAGGCUUACAAGUAAAAGGGCAAUACUAGAAGAACGUGCAAAAGCUUAUCAUGGUCAUAAAGGACAUGUUGUAAGUGCUCCAGGAAUCCAAGGUGUGGAAAGUCAUGUUUUGAGCCGGACAGCUUUUAUGAUAGACUUCUUUGAUGAGGAUAAUCCACGUAAGCGUAGGUCUUACUCAUUCACUCAGACUGCACCUGGGGCAAUGGCUGCUAUAUCUGGAGAAGGCCCCAAUCCCAUUCCACCUACAAAAAUGAAAGGUGGUGUCCCUGUUGAUUGUAAAGGAACUCCUUCUCCUCUUGCUGCUUCCCAAUCUAGUAAACACAUUCUGAAGCAAAAAUCUGAAGACUCUUCUCUACUAAGAUGUUCUGCAAGUGUUGGACAGCAGACUAGCCCUAAUGAACAACUAGCAAAGCCUCUAAAAUAUAUUGGAGUGACAGAAAAGGAAAAUGAGGAUGACCAAAGUGAUAAGGGAACCUAUACAAUUGAAAUGGAAAAUCCAAAUUUUGAAGAGGAGGAGGCUCGAAGAAUGAUUGAUAAGGUGUUUGGUGUAGAAGAACCUAGUAAAUCUACAAGACCAGUUGUCCCUGAACAUCAAAAAGAAACUGUGAAAGACUGGCCUUCAUCAGUUGUGCAAGAAUUAAGAAAAACUCAGUUUGUGUCUUCAGGGCUUGCUGAGGCAGAGAUUAUUUCAGAGGGUCCCAUUGCAGUAGGAAGCCCACGUUGGGUGUCUCAGUGGGCAAGUCUAGCAGCAACUCACACUGGACCUGAGGCUGAAGAUACAAGAUCAAAUCCUCCUACAGUUGCUAUUCAUGAAAAAGAUGCUGAUAUUAGCGAGUCUGGGAUCUCUGUGAAAAGCACAGCGUCUGCUACCUCUACGUCAAGCCAUGGUGAGAGAAUGAGGCGUACCCUUCCUCAGCUCCCAACUAAUGAGGGCCAAAGGUCAAAGCCAGUAAAGGUCCUAAGGUCUGAGAUUGGAGAGAAACAGGACACUGAACCACAGGAAAAAGAAACUUCUAGUCGUUUUCACCAGAAGGGAAGUGAAGCAGAUAAAGCUGUUAGAUCAGUUCAUAAAAGUAUUAGUGGCAGCCAGGCCCUUACUACUGACAAGGAGAAAUCUGAAUGUGUGAAAGGAACAGCCAAGCAGGCCUUUAGUAUAAUGCAGGAACAGAAUAUCAAUGCUCCUACAUGGGCAUCAAAAUCAAAUGCUGGGGUAAAAUUAUCCAGGAGCACAGAAAAAAUUAGAGAAUCCUCUCAGAGACCAGGAAGUUCAUCUAUAAAAACUGAUACAGAACAAAAAACAGAAAUCAAAAAAAGGAGAGCCGACAGUCCAAGAAGCCUUGCCUCAAAACUGAGUGAUGGAGAAAGAAAAGAAUCCAAACCUCUAGUUAGACAGGGAAGCUUUACCAUUGAGAAGCCAAGUGUUAAUGUCCCCAUAGAGUUGAUUCCCAGAAUCAAUAAGCAAACUGGAUCUUCUCAGACUCAGGAAAGGGAGAGAAGUGACUCUAUAGGUACAGAUUCCAGUAUAGACACUACCCUACUUUUAAAGGACACUGAAGCUGUAAUGGCAUUUCUGGAGGCCAAAUUAAGGGAAGAGAAUAAAUUAGAUGCAGGAGACGAUACACCUAGUUACCAUCUAGAGGAUUCAAUUUCCCCGGAGUCUGAUGUAGAUACAGCUAGCACUAUAAGUCUUGUAGCAGGAGAUGGCGAACGCAAGGCCAUCCAGAAACGUCGAACACUCAGCAGUCUUCAUAAAGAGAAAAGCUCUCCAUCUCGGGAUCAGUCUAAGGCAUCCACAAGUGCCCGAGAGCGACUGGAAAAGAAAACCAAAUGUAGGGCUUCAGAAAGCCGAGCAGAAACACGUAGAACUGGACAAAUGAAUGUGCGUGCACGGCAACCCUCUUUAGACUUGACUGAUGAUGAUCAGACCUCUAGCUUGCCUCACUCUAUGAUCUCAGAUAUUCUUUCUUCUGAUCAGGAGAACUACUCAAGUCGUUCACAGGGAAGAGGACAAUUCACAUCCACUGAUGACCUUUUACACUCUAAAAUAGAAGCUAGCAAAACUUCUAAAACCAAAACACCUCCAGCACCUAUAGGCGGAACCGGUAAGCCAGCCACCUUACCAAGGCCCAGGCCCACUAGAGCAUCUUUGUUACGCAGAGCCCGUCUAGGAGAGACUUCAGACAAUGAUCUAGCAGAUGCUGAUAAAGUCUCUGUCGCAUCUGAAGUGUCCACAACCAGUUCAACAUCAAAGCCUCCUUCUGGAAGAAAGACUCCAUCCAGAAUAGACAUGCUUGCUCAGCCACGACGUAAUCGUGUAGGCUCUUUCUCCGCAAGAAGUGACUCUGAAGCAACUGUUAGCCGUAGUAGUACCAGCUCUCGCAUUCUCGAGUCUUCAGUCAGGAGUGGAGUAAGACCUACAGCAUCUAUAGACAGCAAGAUUGUUCCUAGGAUGAGAGCCAACAGUGUGUCUAAAUUACCAGAUUCAAAAUCCAAAAUCUCAGCAACACAUGUUUCUCCUUCUGAGAACUCACUGUCUACAGCAGAAACAGAAAGCACAGUAGAAGAUGAGAUGGUAAAUGCUAGAUGGAGGCGCAUGCCCCCAGAUUAUGCCUCUACAUCAGAAGAUGAGUUUGGAUCCAAUCUGAACUCUCCUAAGCAUGCACGAUUACGUGCCAGUACUGCUUUGAGGACUGCACGGGUUCCAAAUGCUCCCUCCCUCAGCCUUGGAGGUGUUGUCCUUAAACACAAGAUGAAGGAGCAGGAGGAUUACAUCAGAGAUUGGACUGCACAUAGCGAGGAAAUAGCCAGGUUGUUCCCCUGUGUGCGUAGGAUCAGCCAAGAUCUGGCUAAGGACCUGGCCAUUCUGGCCCGGGAGAUCCAUGACGUGGCAGGAGAAAUUGACUCUGUGAGCUCAUCAGGCACUGCACCCAGUACCACAGUAAGCACAGCGGCCACUACACCUGGCUCCGCCAUUGACACCCGAGAAGAGGUAGGGCUGCCUCAUGGUGGAGGAAUGCAGAAGCUGGUGGAUAGAGUAUUUGAUGAAAGUCUAAAUUUUAGAAAGAUUCCUCCAGUAGUGCACAACAAAGCCCCUGAGAUCAAUGGAAGGCCAGUUGAACUCCGCCACCGCAACCCUGAUGCUCCUGACCCCCAGGCUGCCAUUAGAAGGAGAACGUGGAACCGAGAUGAAGCUGUUUUGGACAGUUUGUUGCUUACUUCUGUGGCUCAACUUUCAUUGAAAAUAAGACAUCAUGUGGAUAAAACAGCAGGAAAAAUCAGAAUAUUGUUUAAGGACAAGGACAGAAAUUGGGAAGAGAUUGAAAAUAAAUUACACGCUGAAAGUGAUGUGCCACUUUUGAAAACCUCUAACAGGGAAAUUUCUUCAAUAUUACAGGAACUGAAAAGAGUUGAAAAACAACUGCAAGUGAUCAACGUUAUGAUUGACCCUGAUGGCACCCUAGAUGCAUUGAGCAGUUUAGGAUUAACCAGUCCUGUGCUACAAAAGUCAAGAUCUAGUUCAGUUUCUCAAGGAGCAAGAUCAUCUCCAUCUACGCCUGCCUUGGCACAGGGCCAUCCAGAGUUGCAUUCGGAGCGCUGCCCAAAUGUGUCUGCUUCCUCUCAAUUUGAAAGCAUUGAAUCUGAGCGGGAAUUUAGUCUACGCUUCAACAAGUUUAAUCCCAACGGAGAGGGAGACGAAUCUCUAGUACAUAAGUGACAGAACAGAUGGGAGAAAUUACAGUUAAGUGAAAAUAAGAACAGCGUGAAUGCUCACUUUCAUGUCCUUGUUUAUUUUUUAAGCCUUUAACAACAUAUUUUUGCUGAAUAAAACAGAGCACUUUGUAGUCAUCUUAAAAUAAGUCUACUUUAGGGAGAAUAUAACUCAUUGCAUGAUCAUUUUAUAAACAAAAAGUGAAAUCUUCUUGCCUGUUAAAUUGUUAUCAGGGUCACUAUGUGAACGGUUUAGAAUAUAAUCCUUGAAACACUAACUUGGGCAUAACUCCAAAAAUCUUCCUGAUACUGCCAGUUAACCCAUAUGCUGGAUCAUUUCAACAGGGUGUGGAGUAUACUCCUGAAGCAACAUGUUUAUGAAACACAACCAUGAAAACAACCCUAACUAGUAACAGUUUUUGUGUAUAGUUAGUUAUAACGAUUUGUACUGUAGAUAUACUAAUAUCACUGUAAAAUCCAAGUCCCUACUGUUCAGUCCAGAUGAAUAGCAGAUAUUUAAUUCCAUCCUCAAUUAAAUUUUAUUUCCAUCUUCCACAGAUAGAAUCAUUUUGAUACUAUUUGAAGUUAGCCACUUCUUUUCAUUCAUAAGGUGUCAUAUGUUCACUUUAAUAUGUGCCAUGAGUCUUAGGAUUCUAUUAAGGCACAAGUCCUUUGGUGUUUAUAGGACAUCAUCAACAUAAUGUAUAGGAAUACUUAACCAUCGGAAGAAAUGGUUAACUGUGUAUAACUCAUUACUGGAUUAGUUGGGAUUUUUUAUUAGUCCUUUUACUACAACCAAUCCAGUAAAUGCAAAUAUGUAUCCUAUUUAAGGAUUUGUUUUGUACAAACAGAAAUGGACAUUGUUUAUGUUCCAUACAAGUACUUACGCCGUUGUGAAAAACUCUGACUUGUGAUUCCACUCAUUUGAGUUAUUUCUUCUUGGGAGGGGGGUUGGGAGGGUCCUUGUGGUGAAACACAUUAAGCAUUACUUGUUAAAUAAGUUAAUGGGAAUGACCAGGAUUUUAGUGGAUAUAAAUAGUUCCCAUUAUUGUGAUUGCCUAUUACAAAAUACAACAUAUUUAUUUCUGGUAAUUAAAGACUUUACAAAACAAUGUUUAAUUUUUAUAUGUAUUUUAUUUAAAUAGAAAAAAAGCACACCAGUGUUUCCAACUAAAUCCAUCACCACUGUUUUAAUAUUUGCACUAAAAUCAGACCUGGAGCCACAAAUGUAAUGUUACAGCUAAUAGAAAUCUUGUUUUCUCCCUGGUGAGUUACUUACCCAUUAACAGAGUACAUGUGGUGGAUGAUCCUGCUGUUAUAGAGGGUUUCAGGGCGAUUGAAAACUGGUCAACUGUGUAAUGAUGUUACUGUUCUGCAAAUAUUCUUUAACAUACUCUACAAAAGAAGGUACAAGUCUUCAUUUGGUCUGAAAAUGUCAGGUGAACUAACAUUUUGUUUAUGAAAAAUCACCAAUGGAAGAAAUAGCUGCCAAAGUUUAAUGGUCACAGAGUACAAUAGAUUUGAGGAGUUUAAAAUGCCUCUAUUGUUCAUUAUCCUUCCUUGAAAAUGUACGCUUCAUAUUGGAAUUUGUUCAUGUAGAAGAAGAAAAAAAAUAAUUAUGUUCUGUAUUGAAACAUUUCCUUUAUUAGUCUUACUACUGCCUUCUAUAAUUGUUAAGGUUUAUGGGCCUUUUCUGUGUAACAAAGACUAGUAAGUAUUACAAGAAAUGCAACUAUAUAUUUAGAGAUUCAAGCAAUACUAUGAAUAGGUACCAAAACAGUUUUGUCUGUCUUCAGUUUAAAAUGACCUUUUGCCACUAAGUGCCCAUUAUUGUAAUGAUGGAAUUUUAAAAAAUGGGCUGAAACAUUUACUUAUCUAUCUAAUGCAGUAAUGGUUAUGUUUGCAUUCCUGGGUCAACGUUCAGCCUGCUGGGGGCUGUCUCCUUUGUUUUUACUUUUAA